AUGGGAAAGAAGGAAUCCAGAUCAUUGAUAACUUUAUGUAGCUUUGUUUGUUGGCACAUAUGGUUAUCAAGGAAUGAUUUGGUUUUUGGACGCAAGGUAUGGCAUCCUAAAGAAGUGAUUUCGGCAGCGGUAAAGGCUUUCCAAGAAUUUAAUGUUAUUCCAUCUGAUGCUAUUUCUUAUCCUCCAUCAAUGGUUGCUUUGCCUCAACAAUGGAUAGCACCUACAACAGAUUAUGUUAAGUGCAACUGUGAUGCUAGUUAUUCUGCAAAUUUAAACAAGUCAGGCAUUGGAUUUAUUUGUAGAGAUCACAAUGGUCUGCCUUUGAUUGCUAUCUCAAGCCCAUCUUUCUUUUCAGAUAUUUUAGUUGGUGAGGCUAUUGCAGUUCGGCUGACGAUGAUGGAGAUGAUUACAAAUGGAUUUGAGCGGGUUAUGACAGAGUCUGACAAUAUGAAUCUGAUUACAUAUAUUAAGGAUGGAGGAGGAACUCCUCCUUUGCACAUUCGGGCUCUGGUGGACGAUAUCAUUCACCUCUCUUCUUCUUUUGUAUCUUGUUUCUUUUUAUUUUACGGAAGAUUAACAACAUGGCUGACUCCUUGGCUAGAAGGGCUUUCGCAACUAAUUGACCCCUUUCCACUCCAUAGUUGCAUGAGUUGUGUUUCUCACUACCAGCUACCACCAUGA